AUGGGACAGGGUGGGCGAACUGUGCUCCCUCCUCUUCAUCUACCGUUUCGAACCUCACGUUCCCCAGCUCCUGACCCUUCUUUCUCUGCGAAUCCUUAUUCUCAGCAAGAGCCGCCGCAAAAUCGAAGUGACUUUAAUGUAUCAUCAUAUAGCCAAUCCGGAUGGCCUAUUAAUCCCAUACCGGGAACUCAUCCAUCGACUUCAUUCGCAGCCGAUCCAAGAUACCCUCAGCAACAACCAUACGGUUCAUACCCACCUCAAGACUCUCGUACUCUACCACCACUCGCUAACACGCCACAGGCCCAAAUGCACCUUGGGCCUUCUAAUCCUUCCAUGGAAAUUGGGCCCAGCAUCCGGUCUCCAACGGCAGGUUAUCCUAUUCAGUAUUCUUCUUACCCCGCACAACAACAGCAGGCUUCCGCCUCGUACUAUCCCCCCGCUCCAGAUCCGAGAGAUCUCCCUCCUCCGCUUGCGCCUAUGGGGUUCGGCCCGCCUUCUGGUGUCAUGCCUACAAGACGAUCGUCGAUGUCGGUCGAUCGUACCGUUCCAUCGCGAUUGUCAGCUCACGGGACAGCUCCGUAUCCCCGCAACCCUGCCAUGAUUCCGCCCUCGACUUACUCGCACGAGCAACCCGUGGCAGAACCAAGCAUCAAGAAGAAGCGGAAACGCGCAGAUGCUGAACAGUUGAAGGUUCUAAAUGAAACCUACAACCGUACCGCGUUCCCAUCCACGGAAGAGCGGAUCGAGCUGGCGAAGAAAUUGGGGAUGUCUGCUAGGAGUGUGCAGAUCUGGUUCCAGAACAAGAGGCAGUCGAUGCGCCAGAGCACUCGGCAGGCUUCCGCUGCAGGACCACCAACGACCACUGAGCCAGCCCGAGCAUCGUCGCGGGGCUCGCUUCAUGCUGCGCCACCUCCGGGAUAUGCUGGUCACCCAUCAGGUGACUUGCAUCACGGUGGUCAUCUCAUGCCCUCACCGCCGCCUUCCGGGCACCGUCGCGCCAGGAGCCACGAGGACGAGGAGGAUCCUCACAGAUAUACAGGCCGACCAUACUGA